UUGUAAUGCUUAAAUAUAAAACCAUUACACUUUUUGGUGGAAAGGCAUUACAGCGUCCUCUUGGAAAGUCGUUGAAUUUACUACGCAUUUGCUAGAAAAUAAUGCAGAUGCAUUUUCCUGUUGAGUUAAAAAAAAAAAAUACCCCAAAGGCAUAUUGAAUUUGGUUUUUCGUUUUCCUUGCAGUAACAAACUUCACAGUGCAAUGUCUUCUUCAGACAAAAUAACAUUAUACAACGCCGUCAUCUGCCCUUAUGCCCAACGUGCGCACAUUACUCUCAGAGAAGUGGAUGCAGAUUUUGACAUUGUCGACAUUGAUCUCUUGAAUAAGCCUGAGUGGUACAAAGAAGUCAAUCCUGAACUAAAGGUUCCUACGUUAACCACUGAAGGCCAGAAUCUUGCCGAAUCCUUAAUUAUCAUUGAAUACCUUAAUGAUCGCUUCCCUGAAAAGAAUCUUAUGCCCAAGAAGCCCUUACUGAGAGCAAAUGUCCGUUUUGCUAUCGAAUGGUUUGGUUCAAAGGUGAACCCUCACUUGUAUAAAUGCAUGUUGAAAUUCAACGACGCUGACGCUGCAGAUGCUAUUGAGGAUUAUAAGAAAAACACCAAUGCUGCUCUGGCUAGCUUUAAUGAUCUUCUGAUGAAACAAUCAGAAAAGGGUCCUUACUUUCUUGGUGAGGACUUCUCUUUGGCCGAUAUUGCUAUUGCCCCUUUCCUUUUGCGUAUCUUCAGCUUCAAUGAUCUAUUCUUGGACGGCUAUCGUUUCGAAGCUAUCGAAUCUCAUCCUAGACUUGCUCAGUUUAUUGAAGGCAUCAGCUCCCGACCAAGUAUUAAAGAUACUUACUGUGGCAACGAGAAAUACGCUGAUAUUCUAGCAAGAAAAUACAAUGUCAAGAAAAACUAAAUGUACAACAAGAGUUUAUCCAUUGUCAUUUUGGUCAUUGACAAAGCUGGAUUCUAUGCGUAAGUUUUGUGUAUCAACGUAUGUCUGGAAAAUAAAGGAAACUGAUUUUUAGCUUGUAUCAGUUUGUAAAUAAAGAAGACUUCAAAAAUGAGUUUCCAAGCGCAAAUACUUUUU